AUGGCCGCCGCCGAUGCCUCUUCGAGCGGCUUUGCUGAUCAUGCUUUGCUCGUGGAAGCAAUACGAGCUCUCACCGUAGCUCAAGCAAAAGCGCUCAUCAAAGACGUCAACAACGAGCCAGAAGCUACAUGCGGUCGUCUUGCUCUCUCUGGCAACAAGCCAGAACUUAUCAAUCGUCUGAUCACUUGCCUCACAGAACGCAAGAAUCAGGGUGAUAUCCGCGGAUACUCCAAAUUCCGCACUUUGAUUCAGCGAUACAAGGGUCCGCCCGUCACAACUUCUCCCUAUAGGAAUGGCUCAACAUCAAGUGCAGGUACGUAUGGUGGCUUGCCAGCCGCUGGAGUGUACGCCGCACAUCCACAACCUCUUGGAGGAGCCCCCGCCAACAAAGCAUCAAGCAUUGCCUCGUCUUCUUACUCUCCUCUAGGUUCCGCAACCCCGACGGCUUCACGUCCUAUCGGCACCGCAGGUGCCGCCCGGAUCAACUUUCGUUCUUCCCCCUUCUACGAGAUCAAGCAGUUCGUAUCUCCUAUCGUCCAGUGUCAAGAAGCGCCCACGCAAGCCGAUCGCAAGAAUGCGACCCUUUUCGUCAACCUCACACCCGAGCAGUCCGAGCAGCUCAAGAAUCCCGCAACCUAUCAACUCCGCCUCUUUUGCACCACGGUAGAAGCGCACGCUGCUUCACUUUCCGGCCGCAAUCCUGCCACAAUCGAGUUCCCGCUCACCUGCGAAGCGCGUGUCAACAACCACCCACUCUCCAUCAACCUCAGAGGCAGCAAGAAGAACAUUGGCCGAGUGCCUCCGCCCAACCUCAACAAGGAUAACAAUCUUGUGUUGCUUGCUGGACGACCUAAUCGCAUCGACUUGACCUAUACCAAUGCGCCCAAACGACACGUGCUUGUCGCUGCCAUCUGUCAAGUGACCAGCGUUGAUACACUUGUUGAGCGUGUGCGCACCAAGCAGUUCCGCAGCAAGGAGGACCUUCUCUCACGCAUGCGCAGGGAAGCCGCCGAUGACGAUAUCGAGCAAGGUGCAGCUACGAUGAGUCUUAAGUGUCCGUUCAGCUAUAUGCGUAUCAAGACGCCGUCACGUUCACAGCACUGUUCACACGUGCAAUGCUUUGGUGCCGAGAGCUUCUUCUCGGUUAACGAGCAGACACCAUCGUGGGAGUGUCCUAUCUGUCACAGGACCAUCAAGGCGGAAGAUCUGAUUAUGGACGGUUUCGUCGCUGAUAUUCUCAAGAGGGUACCGCAGGAUCAGGAGUCGGUCAUUGUCGAGCCGGAUGGAUCGUGGAGAACAUCAGAUGGCAAGUUUAGCUCCACGGGGACUGGGCAAGCAACACCGGCAGCAGAGGGGACUCCAUUGGGAGACAGAUUGAAGGGUCAUAGUCCCGAAGAAGCGAAGCCGAGCAUGGGAGGUAGCGGCAAGGCCAACGGGACGAAAAGAUGGCCUCUGCCAGAGAUUGUCUUGCUGGACAGCCCAUCGCCUCCGCCACAACGUGCUUCGGCUGCCGCAUCUACAUCAGUACUGUCUGCAGCGGCACCUAGUCCGACCUCGGCCGGAGCAGCAGCCCAUCAAAUCCGCAACGGAAUAUCUUGGGCACCAUCAGCAGCAACCAACGCGCUGCGACACGAACGCAUAGAGCUUCUCAGCAGCAGCACCAAUACGAGCGCAUGUGCCUCGCCCGCAGCGGGUGCUGCAGAUGUCAUCGACUUGACGCUUGAUAGUGAUGAUGAGAGUGAACCGUCGAUGCCUGCACGCGCAGCUGCACCAAGCAAUGGCAGCCACUCUCACGCCUCGUCUUCUGUCAGCAGCAGUCGCCCUCCUCCGCAGCUUCCCUACAACACCAACACCAACACCAACACCAGCAGCAGCAAUGGUAGUGCCAAUCACUCGAGCACGGGGAAUAGGGUCGGCUUCAGCAGUUUCGCCGGCAACUCGACCGCAACGCCUACCCACACAGGUCCCUUCGCAGCAGCGGCAGCGGCAGCGGCAGCGGCAGCGGCAGCACGCGUCGAAGCGACGCCAGAGGACGAAGAGAUCCGACGUCCAGGCAAGCGACCGCGAACGGAGGCCAUCUCAAGGCCUUACGAUCCGCGGCGUAUACAGAUCAGAAGGCCGGAGCGGAACAGUGACGAGCAAGCCAGGAGGACCUCGGCGACCCUACCGGCGUCGUAUCUGGAUGUAGGUGGCAGCAACAGUGGCGCGAACGGCAGCAGUGCGAAUGGCACCAGCGCGAAUGGGACAGCGACAGCAGUAGGAGCAACGGCAGGAAGCGGAGUUGUAAGCGGAAGAGCGGCAGCGGCGGCAGGAGGAGAGAAUGGAGCAUUUCGAGAGACAACAGAGGCGGAGGGCGAAGGAGGAGACGAUUCUUGGAUGGAUCGAACCAACACGAGCGAUCAGGAACAGUAUCUGGAUGAGGAUGAAUGGUGGCCUUGA